AUGGCGUCGCUGUUUCCGCCCCCUGGUCCUGGAUUACCAUCCUUUCGUACAAUGCUUUUCAAGGGACCCUAUCAUGCUUCUGCGCCCAUCCAUUUGAUGCUCUCGCAUGUAGCAUCCAAUCCCAAAAGCAAGGCUCUUAUGCUGAGUCCUUCCCGACAAUCUCUCGCACUGGCCUUGGUUGACUUCAACGACGAGUGGCUGAACACUCACGGAGCUGAUGGUGCAACUUGCGAUGCUUCUUCUCGGGUCAAUAUCUUAUAUCCGCCAACGCGGGCCCAUUAUACCCUCCUUCUUUCCAUGUUACAUACCCAUCAAGGUACCUUCCACCAUCCUAAGACCACGCUGCCCAUCAGCCCAUCUCUGCUCAUACUUCAUGAGAUAUCUGCACUUGGUAUCAUCGACCAACCUGAGGCAACACUUGCAUCUUACUUAUCACUGAUUUCUCAUGCUCUGACUGCCGUCAAUCAUCUCGCGGUACAAUCAUCUAUUGGGGUAGCCUUGGCAGUCUUUGAUUCGGGAUUGGAAAAUCUCAAAUUGCCUGUUCUCCGGCCAAUAUCUCCAGGGCCUGGAGAUCAGUCUCAGCCAGCCACUCUGCGCAAAGAAUCUAUAGCCAUGUGUGUGGAAAAAUAUUUUGAAUGGACUGGAACAGCAGAACGUAAGCACCUACCACUUUUGAGAGAUUCUGUAACACUCUCGAUAGAGCACACCAUAGUUCUCGGACAUUCUAACUCAUCGCCAACAGAAGCUCACGCGAAUGCAGUGAACGAAGGUAAAAAUAUGCGCAUGGUCUUUCGGCGCGAGCAAGAUUCUCCUCCUUCUGAGAUAAUCUGGACAUGGGUUCUGAGGAUGCGGCCAGCUCAUGUUGGUGACGAUAAGCCAGGGGGAAAGUAUUUCGAGUGGAUAUUGUAA